UUUAUGCGAAAUUUACAUUAUUUUUUGUGCCCCCGGGGCAUGCGUGCCUCCGACCGUUAUGUGACGUCACUACCUAGCGCGACCACUGAGAGGCACUGGCGCGACGCACAAACGCGUGUUGCGGUGCUCGGGGUUGAGGUGAACUGUGGCCGCAAAUUGUGUUAUUUAAUGAUAUUUCUUGUACUGUGUGGCUUUGUAUCUGUAAGUGGAACGUCUGAAGUGCUAUUUUAUCAUACUUAUAUAUAAAAAAACACAGAAGAUGAGUUCAACUCUAGAUGAUAGUGGCAUGACACUCCAAGGUCAAGAUGAAGAAAGGGUUGAAAGGAGCACGUCCAAGCCGGCAAAAGCAAGGAAAUGGUGCUUUGUGCCAGGUUGCAAGAAUACUAGCUCCACGACACCGGGCAAGAUAUUUCUGAAUGUCCCCAGAGAUUUGAAGAGAAGCAGAUUGUGGGCUCGGCUGGCAAGGAGGGAGGAUGCAGGCUGUUUGAGCCCGAAGAAUGUCUGGUAUUGCUGUGAGGAUCAUUUUGAUCUGGAAGAUGACAUCCAAAACUACAGAAAAUACUGCAUGGUUGGAGGAAACCUGUGUCUGAAAAAGGAAGCUGUUCCGCACAAGUUUCAGUGUCAACCAGGACGUGCCAAACGGAAGGAGAGGCCCAGUGCCAUCAGGCAUCAUCGUGCACAGUUGAAGGAUGCACUUCAAGCUGCACAAGAGAUCAGUGAUGAAGUACAAGGUGCUGGAGGCGCCGAGCCUGCAGAGGAGCAAGAGAACUCCCUGGCAACUGCUACACCAUCCAUGAAGGACUGCUACCGCCAGACAGAGACUCCAGUGGUGUCAGUAGCGUGCCAAACAGAGACGCCCACAGUGUAUGCAGGCUGCCAGACUGCGUCUUCUCUUGCCGAUGAUGAAUCAGGUGAUGAGUUUGAUGUCCCUCAUGCAUAUGAUCCCACUGACCAAGAUUAUGAACCCAGUGGGGAUGGACUUCAUGAGGAUAUGGGGGACGACUUUGAGUUGAACUACUUUGUCCGUGAUAGGAUUAGGAGUCUGGUAGAGAAGGACCCAAAGAGAUAUAUUGGUGUGCCUCCAGGCUACCUAAAAGCUAUACAUAUUUUGGCUCGUGACCAUGUUCAGCACCCCGCUGGAUCAGAUCUGACCGCUUAUGAUGUGUGUUUGAUUGUGUUGAUGAAAAUCAAGCUGAACAGGAGUUUCGACGCCAUAGCUGAUGACUUUGGAGUAUCGCGAGGUUACGUAGGCAAACUCUUUGCUAAGCAUUUGCCAUGCAUUGCAGAGGCGCUGGGAGAGCUAGUGUUUUGGCCUCCUGCCGAGGCUAUCAGGCAGGCUCUACCGCUUGCCUUUAAGGCUCGUUUUGCACGUACUACGUGCAUCAUUGAUUGUCUGGAGAUUCAGGCGGAAAAGCCAGGCGCAUCUGUAAACCAGUCAAUCACGUUUUCAUCCUACAAAGCAUGCAACAGGGUUAAAUAUUUAGUGUCCGUUACUCCAAAUGGGUUUGUGAACUUUGUAUCCAGCGGGUACGGCGGAAGAGUUUCGGAUAUGGCCAUUCUCGAGGACUCUGGGUUCCUUGACCACCUCGAGCCUGGGAUAUGGUGAUGGCCGACCGAGGUUUUAAGAGUUUAGAGCCGUUGCUGGCCAAGAAAGGUUGUAGUCUAGUGCGGCCAUCGUCUGUAAGCAGCCAAUCGCUGAUGUCAAAAGAAGAGGUCGAAUGGACUGAGCAAGUAGCUAGUUUGCGAAUACACGUGGAGCGUGCGAUCCGCAGGAUACGCGAGUUCGACAUGCUCCGCCCCCACGCUUGCGUAGAGCACCAGCUGCUGUCUCUCCUUGACGAUUGCGUUCUAUGUGCUUGUGGUUUAAUUAAUAUGCAGCCGCCACUGGUAAAGGUGUAGUCAUGUGAGCGUGCUGUCGAACAUGUUACGGGGCAAGAGUGCUUCGUCCUGGUCGUGCUGACCAGUGACGGUUUUGGCUUUGACGAACAGUCAACCGUUUUAUGUGUUCGUUGUCAUCUGCUGUAAGACUAUGCUCUGUUCACUUCGGUGUUUGCGGUUGCCAAUACAUUUGUAGACAUCA